AUGAGGGUGAAGCACACACCUCAUUCCUUCCCUGCAUUUCCUGUAUAUUCAUGUGCCUUCCUAUCACCAAAUGAACUGGUAAUCGGUGGCGGAGGUGGUCAGUCGAAAACAGGCAUCAAGAAUAAACUGCGGCUGUAUCGGACUGAGAAUGAUAACAGUCUGGAUCUACUUCAUGAAGUCGAGCUUGAGGUAGGAGAGGAUGCACCCAUGAGUAUGGCUGCGCAUCCCACGGAGAAGAAUCUCGCAUGUGGCGUCAAUAGCUCCGCCGAAAAGCUCCAGGAGGGGGGUAAUCAGAAUUGUCGAGUCUUCGCAGUCGCGGAUGGCAAGCUCUCGUUUAUGAAGUCGCAGGGCACACUUGUUCUUAACAAUACCGAAGAUGAUUUUCAAAAAGUUACUGUCUUUUCGCCUUCCGGGAACUUUCUUGCUGUCUCCGGGACAAGAGAUAUCUCCCUUCUUCACUAUCCUUCUCUUACUCCAGCUACACCUCCUAUUCAUCUGCCCAAAGGAGAGGUGUAUGACGUUACGUUUUCUUCAACACGGCUUGUGAUCGCUACUACGGUCAGUUUAUUGGUAUACGCCUUGCCCUCACUGGCAGACGCGAAGGAGAGUGAGAAAGGCUCUGGAAAGCAGAAACGGACAACUACCACGGAACUGGAACUGUUGAAAACGAUAGAUAGACCGGCGCUGCCGAGUGCUAAUGCUGGGAGUAGCUUCCGCUCAGCCAGGUUUCAUCCUCAUGAUGAGAAGGUGUUGUACACCGUGAUGAAUACCAUCCCUCCACGCACGCGAACAAAGUCGUCUCCUCGACGCUCCUUCAUAUGCAGGUGGAAUACAGAAACAUGGGAAGUCACUCGUCUUCGUAAAGUCAGUGACAAGGGACUGACUUGCUUUGACGUAAGCCCUAAUGGUAAAUUUUUGGCUUUCGGCUCUUCGGACUACACCGUUGGAGUUCUAGACGCACAGACAUUAGCUCCACUUCUCACCAUCCUGAAGGCACACGACUUCCCACCAACAACGCUCCGCUUCAAUACAAUGUCGGAUCUGCUGGUGUCUGGAAGUGCGGACAACACAGUACGAGUCAUUACAGUACCCGCGUCGCUCGGGACUACAUCAUGGGGCUUUUGGCUUGUCAUCUUCCUUACGCUCCUUGCCAUCAUCAUGGCUCUGGUUGUACAGCAGAUGCAUCUCCUGUGA